AUGUAUAUUUUUAAGGGUUGCAAUUCUAUUUUAGCUGCAAAAUUUUUAGCUAAAAAUAAUGGAAAUAUUAAAAAAUUCUCUACGAGUUUUUUUCCUAUAGAAGAAAAGAACAAUAAUGGCCGUAAAUCUGGUGGCUGUUUCAUUCCUUUACGAUUAGUUGUAUCUAUGGUUGCCAUAUAUUGUAUAUUGUUACUUAAUAAUAUAUCGACAUUUAACAAUGUGGAACUUUCACAAUUGCAAUCAAGUGUUCUGUAUUCAAGAAAAUUAUCAGGGAAUAAUGAUUCUGAAAAACAAAAUUUAGAUAAAAAGAAUGUAAAUAAUACUCUAAAUGCGUCUAAUAAAUCAAACGAUAGUGAAGAUGAUGAAUCUGAUGAUCUUCAAGCUUCAAAUUAUAUAGAUUCAGAUGAUGAUUUUGACGAUGACGAUUUCGAACAGGAAUUAUAUGAUAGUGAUUUACUUGCGCAAUUAGAUGAUUUAACCUUUGAUUUAUCCCCUGAAAUUACAGAAGAAGAACUAAAUGCAAUGCUUAGUUCAUUGAAAGAGGUUUCAUCAAAAGAUGUUUAUAUUAAUAUAUGGAAACAAGCAUUUAAGCUAGAAGAAAGCAAAAUUUAUAAUUUGUUAAAGGAAUUAUUCGAAUAUUUUGAAUCAUUAAAACAAAAAAGUAAUAUGGAUGAGAUUACUGCAAAUGAUAAAUGGAACAAUUGUGUUUCAAAAGCGUUCGAUAUGCUACUAGAGAAAGAGGAUCAUUAUGUUAAGCAAUUUAAUGACCUCCUUGAAAAGGAACCUUUGCCAGCAAAAGAAUUUAUAGAUUUUGUUAAUAAGUGUAGAGUUGAAUGCGACAAUUUAAGAACAGAAUUACACAAAAUGAUUAAGGAUCAAAUUGAUAUAGAAAUGGCAAAAAAAAAUUAA